GGUGAUGGAAUGCGGUGGGGUUCAUUCUUUGGCCAUUAACAUUUCCUGGUCCUGUGGGGCUAUAAAGAUGGGGAGAGUGUCAGGGUUUGCACUGAGAAAGGAAGAAGAGAGGGAGAUCGGUGGCCAUCGUAGAGUUGGAAGGGGCCUCAAGAAUCAUCUAGUCCAACCCCAACACCAUGGGAUUAGCAAUUCCUUUCCUCCUUGUCCUGUUCUUCAUUGGUGGUCAACUUGAAGGCAGAGCUGCCCACGGUUCAGAGCUAGCGGACCUCAAGGUAAGAGGAAGAAGACUGUUGUUGUUUAGUCGUUUAGUCGUGUCUGACUUCGUGACCCCAUGGACCAGAGCACGCCAGGCACUCCUGUCUUCCACUGCCUCCCGCAGUUUGGUCAACCUCAUGCUGGUAGCUUUGAGAACACUGUCCAACCAUCUCGUCCUCUGUCGUCCCCUUCUCCUUGUGCCCUCAAUCUUUCCCAACAUCAGGCUCUUUUCCAGGGAGUCCUCAUGAGGUGGCCAAAGUAUUGGAGCCUCAGCUUCAGGAUCUGUCCUUCCAGUGAGCACUCAGGGCUGAUUUCCUUAAGAAUGAAUAGGUUUGAAGAAGACUAGGUAAAGGUAAAGGGACCCCUGAAUAUUAGGUCCAGUCGUGGCCGACUCUGGGGUUGCAGCGCUCAUCUCACUUUAUUGGCUGAGGGAGUCGGCGUACAGCUUCCGGGUCAUUUGGCCAGCAUAACUAAGCUGCUUCUGGCGAACCAGAGCAGCGCAUGGAAACGCCGUUUACCUUCCCACCAGAGCGGUACCUAUUUAUCUACUUGCACUUUGACGUGCUUUCGAACUGCUAGGUUGGCAGGAGCAGGGACCGAGCAACGGGCGCUCACCCUGUUGCAGGGAUUUGAACUGCCGACCUUCUGAUUGACAAGUCCUAGGCUCUGUGGUUUUACCCACAGUGGACUAGCAGGGCUCUAAUUUCAGGUUGGUUCGGACAACAGAGCUGAAGGAUUGCAUCCUAUGCUAGUCCUACUCAGAGUAGACCCCCUCGAAGUUAAUGGGCAAGGCUGACUUCUCCUGCAAGCUCCAUGGAUCUCAGCAGCCAGCUCCGCAGUAACUCAGAGCAGGGCUUUUAGUGUGGCCGCCCCUGUUCUAUGGAAUAGCAUCCCGUUCAGAAUACGACAGGCACCCACAAUUUUCUGCACUUCCCCAAAACACCUGAAGCCAUCUUUGUUCCUGUGGGCUUCCACAGCUGAAUGAUUUGGUAUCUGUUUAGUGUUGUUUUUAAAUUUAUCUGCUUUUACUUUCCAUGCUGAUUCUAAACUGCUUUUAUUGCAUUCGGAACAUCACCUUGAGACCUGUGUGUGUGGAAUAUAAUUAUAAUUAUUAUGAUUCUUACUAACAGCUACUUCUUCUUCUUCUUUGGCGAUCCCUUGUAGCCGAGUAAGAUUGUCUUCCACAAACACGGUUUUGACAGUGAGUCCGUAAGUGACCGUGGAGGCCCAUUCUGGAUCCACACGUCCUUCCACAGUGGGGACAUAGGUUUCCAGGCAGGAGCUGAUCACGGUGAGGGUUUGCUAGGAGUCCCUUCCUCUUUGCACAUUUCUCCCUUUCAUCCUGAGUUUGAGCAUCUUCAAAGCCCAUGACACCUUUGGUAAAGGCUGUUCUGCCAUUGGAGCGCUCGCAGGCCAGUGUUUCCCAGUUGUCAGUGUUUAUCCUACAUUAUUUUAGAUUUGGCUUGAGAGGGUCUUUAAACCUCUUUUGCUGACCACCAGCAUUACGCUUUCCAUUUUUAAGUUCGGAAUAGAGCAGUUGCUUUGGAAGACGACAAUCAGACAUCCGCACAACAUGACCAAUCCAACAGCUACUGCUAUGUCCUAAGACCAUUAAUUUCAGAGGGUCUAUUAGUGGUAAAACUUCGUUGGCUGCAACCCAGAGCAGUCCAGCAGUUCAGAGUGCCAAGCUAGGACUUGGGAGACCAGAGUUCAGAUCCUGACUCAGCCACAUGAAGUUCACUGGGCGACCUUGGGCCACAUCACCAGCUUUCAGCCUGGUCUACUUUGCAGUGCUGUUGUGAGGACAAUACAGGGAGCAGGAAAACCGUACAUGUCUCCUUGCGCUCUUUGGAGGACAGAUGGGAUAUAAAGCAACCAAUACCUCAAUGAACUAGAUUAUUCUACCCUUGAAUCAUUGCAGAAUGAUUCGUUCUCUGGCAUCUCCAGGUAAGAAUGGGAAUGUCACCCCUCUGAAGCAAUGGAGAGCUACUGCCAGUCAGUGUAGACAGUACUGAGCUAGAUGAACCAAGGGUCUGAUUUGGUACAAGGUCGCUUCCUAGGUUGCAGGGACGCGGGUGGCGCUGUGGGUGAAACCACAGAGCCUAGGACUUGCUGAUCAGAAGGUCGGCGGUUCGAAUCCCCGUGACGGGGUGAGCUCCCGUUGCUCGGUCCCUGCUCCUGCCAACCUAGCAGUUCGAAAGCACGUCAAAGUGCAAGUAGAUAAAUAGGUACCGCUCCGGCGGGAAGGUAAACAGCGUCUCCAUGCGCUGCUCUGGUUUGCCAGAAGCGGCUUAGUCAUGCUGGCCACAUGACCCAGAAGCUAUAUGCUGGCUCCCUCGGCCUGUAAAGCGAGAUGAGCGCCGCAACCCCAGAGUCGGUCACAACUGGACCUAAUGGUCAGGGGUCCCUUUACCCUUUACCUUAACACAAGAACAUAGGAAAGAUUUUAAAAUUGCCUAAAGUGGAGUCACACCCUUGGGUUCACCCAGCCCAGUACUGUCUGCCCUGACUGGCAGCGGCUCUCCAGGGAUUCAGGCAGAAAAUCUUUCCCAGCCCUACUGGGAGAUGCCAUCGAGGAGUUAAGCCUGGGACCUUCUGCAUGCAAAGCAGGUAUUCUGUUUCUGCUCUAGAGGGUCCCUCCUGCACAGGAGCUAGCUUUUGCUUGUUUGUUUUUGCAAUCGUUUAGUCGGCAGAGCGUGAGACUCUUCAUCUUAGGGUUGUGGGUUUGAGUCCCACAUCGGGACUCUGCAUUGCAGUGGGGCUGAGCUAGAAGACCCUCAUAGUAAAGGUAAAGGGACCCCUGACCAUUAGGUCCAGUCACGGACGACUCUGGGGUUGCGGCACUCAUCUCGCUUUAUUGGCCGAGGGAGCCGGAGUACAACUUCCGGGUCAUGUGGCCAGCAUGACUAAGCCGCUUCUGGCGAACCAGGGCAGUGCAUGGAAACACCGUUUACCUUCCCGCCAGAGCAGUACCUAUUUAUCUACUUGCACUUUGAGGUGCUUUCGAACUGCUAGGUUGGCAAGAGCUGGGACUGAGCAAUGGGAGCUCACCCCGUUGCGGGGAUUCGAACCGCCGACCUUCUGAUCGGCAAGUCCUAGGCUCUGUGGUUUAACCCACAGAGCCACCCAUGUCCCACAGAUGACCCUCAUGAUCCCUUCCAAUUCUAUGGUUCUUGUUCUCUUCCCCUCCCCACUCCUGUUUCCCAGGCCCUUCUGGAGCUCCUGGAAGACAGACUUGAAUUCGGAGGAAAGGAGUCGGCGCUCGAACCCAAUGACGAAACAGCCAGAGAUGUUUCCCAGGCUUCUGCCACCUGGGACAACGAAUACGCAAGGCCUCAGGGUGAAGGCGCCUUUGGCCCCAGCAGCUGGGAGCAGCCAGUGGCAAGAGAGCCGGCAGCUGCAAGGAACAAACUGAGAGCCCUUUUCAACUCUCCCCACAGCCUGCAAAGGUCCUCAAACUGCUUCGGCCAGAGGCUGGACAGGAUAGGGACCUCAACUGGACUUGGCUGUAACAGGAACAGGGUAAGGGAACACAGAAAGGUGCCUGACAUCGAGUCAGCCCAUUGGUCGCUCUAGCGCAAUGUUGCCUACACAGGCUGGCAGCAGCAUUCUGAGAUUUCAGUCAGAGUGUCUUUCUGGCUGGAGACUGAACUUGUGACAUUCUGCAUGCAGUGCAGGUGAUCUAGGUCUGAGCUAAAGCCCUUUGGGUGUUGGGGGGGCACUUUGCAAUAGCUAUUCACUUGUUUAUUAGUUAUCCAACAAGAUUUACAUACACACCCUCUAGGCAGUUAGCAGAGCUGAAACAAAACAUCAAAAUCCUUGAUAAGAUCUCAGGGUGCUAAGGCAUUGACAAAAUUAAAAUGAACUGCAGCUGAAAAGGUAUAAAGUCCAUGUGAGUGUUCCAUGUGUCUGGAUAGGCUUGUCUAAAGAAACUUCGAAGCGGAAAGGGGACAGUGAUGUCAAGUGGCAGGGAGUUCCAAAGCUUUCAAUUGCUGCCGUCCUAGAAGAUGGAUUUCUUACAAAUGCAGAAUGGGCAUUAGGGGGCACCAGCUCCCCAUCUGGUGCCCCUACAGCCUCUGUGUCCAGAUCCCUUUGGAUACGGAGGGUAUUGGUGGGGUCAUAUUUGUAAAAUACAAAUAUUGUAUUUUAAUAUUUUGCUGGAAGCUGCCCAGAGUGGCUUGGGAAACACAGCCAGAUGGGCCAGGUGGUAUUAUUAUUAUUAUUAUUAUUAUUAUUAUUAUUAUUAUUAUUAUUUAGAGUAAAUAAUGGUAUAGACAAUAAUGAGGAAAAGCCAGACAGCUUUAAAAUAGCAAAAAGGAGUCGGAUCCUGGAGUGCUUUGCAAGAUAACUGUCAAAAGGCAGUUUUGAGGGAGGGUAGAAAAGAUUUUUCCAGUUUAUCAUUUUAUGAUGCUUUCCUGCCCAUCAAUUUAUUUCUUUUCCUGCCUUAACUUAUAAACUCUCCCAACUCCAGGGCUUAUCCCCACCCCUGCCACACCCCAUGGUAACAGACAACUCUGCUUCAACACGGUGCUGUCGCUCCUAGUUGGCUUUGUAAUAAAUGUUGCUCUUUUAUUCUCUCUCCCUUCUCGCAGAACUGAAGCUGAUGCAAACCACCGUCUCCAUCUUCCGUCUCCAACGACAACCAACUCCCCAGCCUUCCCCUGCCUCCAUGGCACUUGAACCCUAUUAAGGCACUCCCGACUACUCCUAUCAAAGAAUGCGCAACCUCCGUGGCAUGCGGACAAUUCACCGGCAUUUUCUCACUUUCACCAUGACUUAGUUCCCAGAGAUCAUCAUGAGGACAGAAGGAGAUGGGGUUCUACUUGUAACCCCACUGCAAGCUCUCAGGACUGGGAGGGAGGGAAAUUGGACAUUCCCCCUGCUUUGUAACAUGAAUUGGCUUCAUUUCCUCAAACGCAUGUGAUCAAAAGCAGCAACUUGGAUGCCCUUGCUCUGUUCAGGGAUAUAAAGGGGUUCAGCACCAUGGAAAGAGACCAUUUUGCCUGGUCUCUCAAGCCCCGGAACUGCCUUGUUCCCACACAGGAUUUCCCACAAUUUGGCAGUGGCUCUCCAGAAGAUGUUGGGAUGCCAGUUCCCGCUAGCCAGCAUGGUUAAUGGUCAGGGCUAAUGGACACUGUGGCCCAACAACAGUGGGUUCCUAAGGUUGAGAAAAGCUUGUAGGUGUGGAAACAUCUGAGCCUUCCUUGUGUCAGCUGCCAAACUGCUUCCCUCCCAGCGCAGAAUGUAGGAGCUGUGCCAAUGGUCCAUCUAGCUCAGUAUUGCAUGCACUGACUGGCAGCAGCUCUCUAGGGUUUCAGGCAGGGAGCCUAUGCCAGUUAUUUUCUCAAGAGCCUCUUGCAACAGCUGCCAUUCCUGAUUUUUCAUAAAGGACGCCCCCUGCCCAAUAUUCCAGGCACAUUUCCUGCUGUUUGUUGUUUUAACCGCUGCAUUAAAUGGUGCAUUUGCAGUGACAAAA